AAGGAAGAGUCGGAAGUGGAAUAUAUUAUGGCAAAAAGGAAACAAAAGAGAAACUCGAAAAACACAGUCGUAGGGGUGAAACAGUCAAGGCAGAAAGAAAUGACACAACCAGAGAAAUAUAUGUUUUCCCUCGCUGCCAUUGCUCUAGUUGUAGCCGUUUGCGUGGCACCACUGACAGCUGAAAUAUCUACCUCUGGCUUUUCGCAUCAUAAGCACAGAGACCUGAAGAUGGACGAGGCAUUGUUGACAGUCAGCAAUGAGCUGGACACUGAGGUGGUGGUGUCCUGGAUGUCAGAGCGCUGCUACCAGUGUUUGUACCAGCAGCUAGGGGUGGUACCGGCGGCACCCAGUCCUGGCCAGCCCAGUUCAGUUGCCUUUGUUGUGAGCACACAGCAUGAAAUUAAGCUACAACUCAACAGCACUCCUGUCAACCUGGAGCUGUGCACGGUUCCAUUCCACUUUGGGGAGCAUGGAAACUACUCUCUGUGGGUGAAAAAUCUGAAUGACUCCUCAGUGGUCAACUGCUCUGUAGUGACUGAUGCAGACCCCGUCAACAGCUACAUACCGAUACUGGUAGCUUUUCUUAUCUUUGCUGGACUGGCCCUGGUGUCUGCUAUUGGAAGAAGAUUAUUAGGGCUUGAUGUAGUGAAGAGUAUCCUCCUCCGAAUUGGCAGCAACAUGGAGACAGAGAGGCUCAUCAACUCUGAACUGGGCUCCCCCAGCAGGACCGUGACACCACUUACUGACAACAUCCUUCCUCCCCCAUCCAGCCCCAGCAAGAGGCUGCGAUCUCUGGACACAUUCAGAGGUAUUUCCUUAGUUGUUAUGGUGUUUGUGAACUAUGGAGGGGGACGGUACUGGUUCUUUAGACACGAAAGCUGGAAUGGUCUUACUGUUGCAGACCUAGUCUUCCCCUGGUUUGUGUUUAUAAUGGGAACAUCCAUUGCACUGUCGAUCAACUCCCUGCUGCGUGCAGGCUUGACCCGCUGGUCACUGCUGAGGAAAGUUGUGUGGAGGAGCCUGCAGCUCUUCAUCAUUGGUGUCUUCAUUAUCAACCCAAACUACUGCCAGGGACCAUUAUCUUGGGACAACUUGCGAAUCCCAGGUGUGCUGCAGCGCCUGGCCUGGUCGUACCUGGUUGUAGCCUGCCUGGAUCUGUUGGUGGCGAGAGGUCACCUUGACAUCCUUACCCAGGGUGCUUGGUGGUCCCCUGGCCUUGACAUCUUGCUGUACUGGCCAGCUUGGCUGUGUGUGCUUUUCUUAGAAAUUAUCUGGCUGUACCUCACUUUCCAGCUUCCUGUGCCAGAUUGUCCAACAGGCUACCUGGGUCCAGGCGGGAUUGGGGACAUGGGCCUGUAUGCUAACUGCACCGGUGGAGCGGCCGGUUUCAUUGACCGUUGGCUGCUGGGAGAGAAACACAUCUACCAGACUCCCUCGUCACGGGUGAUUUAUGCAGCUCGCAUGCCGUAUGAUCCAGAAGGUGUUCUUGGCAGCAUCAACUCUGUCCUCAUGGCUUUUCUGGGAUUACAGGCAGGAAAAAUAAUCUUACACUACAGAGAUUUCCACAGAAGCAUAAUGUCGAGAUUUCUUAUAUGGGGUCUCUUCUUGGGAGCCAUAUCAGCAGUUCUGACCAAGUGUUCCACAGACCAGGGCUUCAUUCCUGUCAACAAGAACCUAUGGUCUCUGUCCUAUGUGACAACACUGGCCUGUUUUGCCUUUGUGCUGCUAGUGAUGAUCUACUACACAGUGGAUGUGAAGAAGUGGUGGUCAGGAGCCCCUUUCUACUACCCUGGCAUGAACUCCAUCCUUGUUUAUGUGGGCCAUGAAGUGUUUGAGGAGUACUUCCCCUUCCGUUGGCGCAUGGCAAACAGCCAGUCCCAUGCUGAACACCUCACCCAGAACCUUGUGGCUACUUCCUGUUGGGUGUUCAUCUCCUAUGUGCUCUACAGAAAGAAGAUUUUCUGGAAAAUUUAGAAGUGGAGUCCCCAGAUGAAGGGGCCCUCAGACAAUAAUAGUGGAGGACAUUGUUUACAUCAGAAUUGCUGGAGUUAUAAUCUGAAAACAUUUGGAAAGUGUAAAACGGGAUACUGAUUUGUUUGGUCAAAACUAUGAUGGUGUCUGUCUCUGAACAUACAUGGGUUUCUUCUUUCAAACAGCACUCUUUUUUUGAUAGUCACUACUUUAUAGGCCCAUAAAUGUUUAAAGACUUUUUUUUUCCAAGGAUAUGAAGCAGCUGAUCCCUGCCCGAUAUCUUAACUGACUCAGGAAGAACUGGUCCAAGAACAGUUUAAGAAUUUGAGAACUACGAAGGCCGACAUUGUUAAUCUUCUUUUUGCCUUGUAUUUGCAGGUUUUCAUUCCUCAUGUUGUGAGAUUACAGCAGCAGGAUGUUGCAGUAAUGGUUUAACAAACCCCUGUUGACUUCCCCUUGGGAGAAUCCCUGCUGCCAUCUAAAUUACUGCUGUGUUACCCUGAAAGCUGAAGUGGGUUUGUGAGACGGACUCUUCAAGAGCGGAAGGAGACAGUAAAUGAUGUACACUCGAAAGAAAAGGCUACCAAGAAAGCGCUGUGAUCUUUCAUCAAUUCCACUGUACAACAGAAGGUGGAAGUGAUAUUUAAACAAAGGAGAAACAGUGUGUUGCGGUUUUUAAAAUAAGAAAGUUCAACAUCUGCAGUAUUUCAUUUGUCAGUGAUCUGCGUAGAUUGAAUCGUUUAUUGUCAUCAGUUAGUAGCCCGGUUCAAGUGUGAGUGUUUUCCAUUUGCAAUCAUCUGUUCCCUCCCAACCCUCACUCGCUCACCCAGCAAGAGUCCAGUGGCGUGAUAUAUGAUGGUGCGUGUUACCAAAUGCUGAGGGGAAGUGAAGGAGGGCAUGUCAGAUGAUGUUGAACCCCACUGGGGAUUGCUUGUUUUGCAUUUUGGUUAAAUGCAUGUGUGUACCCAUUUGAUGAGGUUUGGCAAAAACAGUCACCGAACUGUCGUUUUUUUGUUUUGUUUUAGUACACAUGCACAUUUUUAUGUUUGCAUUGGCAGAAAUGAUUUGUCUUAAUCUUGCCCAAACUUUUGUAUUUUUGAGUAUUGAGUUUUCCACAUUGUGUGAAACAUGUUAUGAAUUAGAAGACCUACUGUAUGUUGGCCAUGUACAGUACACACUAAGUUGUAAGUUUACUAGCUACACUUAGCUAAAACUAAUGCAGUGUAAUGCAAGUCCUGAUAUGUGAUAUAAAUGGUAUGGACAAAUUAAUAGAAACACCUGUUUGUACAGUGCAAUUCAGUUCAGCAUUACAAACUGAAGCAUUAUAACAUUAUAACCAUCAUGAAAGUAGGAUUUAUUGCAGGACUGUUAGACUGCAUUUGUUUUAGCCAAAUUUUCCAACACUCUGCCAACUGAGUGUAUAUUUGAUGUUUUAUCUCACCAUAAACCUGUGUUGUCUUUACUCCUACAAUACUCUAUAAAUGUGCCCCAUUCUGAGAUCGACAGUUAAUAUAAUUCAUCAACAGAUUUCGCAAAACCAUAUGUUCAGUAUGUAUCUAAAUGCUGAGAGAAGUUUUUGGAUAACUGCUAAUCUAGUACUGUGUUAACUGAAGGAAUUAUUUUUUUCUGACUUUUAUACCUUUCUUUUUUUUUAAUUUUUAUAUUCACAAUUUGAAAAUACAGUAAGUUUAUGCAAUAAAUCUUAUUCCAAAAUAUU